GUCGUCCUACAGCUAGGAAUCGAAUCAGCAAGUUAAAUGGCAAUUUCGUUAUAUAUGCUGAAACGGCGGGCUAUCUAGCAAUUGGGCACACUUAGAUCAGUGAAAGCAAGGAAAUGUAACUUUCCCAAGCUACCCGCUCACUCUCUCCUCCUCUACUUGCUUCCUUCCUUCCUAAGGCUUAAGCUUGCAACCAAAUUUCCCCCUCUCUCUCUCUCACUGCUCUCUCUCUCUCCAAGGGUUUCAGCGGAGCUCCUUUUCGCCCUCAGCAUCAUCUUUAUCAGACGCCCAUGGCUUCAAUUCGCGAACGUUGUUUGAUUAAGUAGAGUUCAGUUUGAUCUAGCGAUUCAUCGGAGGAGUCAUUCUUCACGAGCGAUUCGAUCGUCUGUUCGCGUGUUGGAGAUGCUCGAUUCACAGCCCUAGUACUCUCCUCCUUCAUCCUCGGAAAACGCUGGUACUUUGGUACUGAGGUGUAUUUUGGAGUGCGAGAAUGUCGUCCAAAGCGGGCUCCAAUCCGCAGCCGCAGAGGCGGAUUACACGGACGCAGACGGCAGGCAAUCUCGGGGAGUCCAUUUUCGACAGUGAGAUUGUUCCUUCAACGCUAUCUGAAAUUGCCCCUAUUCUUCGCGUUGCAAAUGAAAUCGAAUCCAGUAACCCCAGGGUUGCUUAUCUCUGUCGUUUUUAUGCAUUCGAGAAAGCUCACAAGUUGGAUCCAAAUUCAAGUGGACGUGGUGUUCGUCAAUUCAAAACUGCCCUUCUUCAACGUCUAGAAAGGGAGAAUGAUCCGACCUUAAUGGGAAGAGUAAAGAAGAGUGAUGCUCGUGAAAUGCAAAGCUUCUACCAGCAUUAUUACAAAAAAUAUAUCCAAGCUUUGCAAAAUGCUGCUGAUAAAGCUGAUCGUGCACAGCUUACAAAAGCAUAUCAAACUGCUAAUGUUCUAUUUGAGGUCUUGAAAGCUGUUAAUCUUAAUCAAUCUGUUGAAGUUGACCGUGAGAUAUUGGAAGCUCAUGAUAAAGUUGCAGAAAAGACAGAAAUUUAUGUCCCUUACAAUAUUCUUCCUCUUGAUCCUGAUAGUGCAAAUCAAGCAAUAAUGAGAUAUCCUGAGAUUCAAGCUGCUGUUCUUGCACUUCGUAACACCAGAGGUCUUCCAUGGCCCAAAGACCAUAAGAAGAAAAAAGAUGAAGAUGUUCUGGACUGGCUUCAGGCAAUGUUUGGCUUUCAAAAAGAUAAUGUGGCAAAUCAGAGGGAGCACCUGAUUUUAUUACUCGCAAAUGUUCACAUACGGCAGUUUCCAAAGCCUGAUCAACAACCCAAGUUGGAUGAGCGUGCACUUACGGAAGUGAUGAAGAAACUUUUCAAGAACUACAAAAAAUGGUGCAAAUACUUGAACCGCAAAAGUAGUCUUUGGCUGCCUACCAUACAGCAGGAAGUGCAACAGCGUAAACUAUUAUACAUGGGUCUUUAUCUUCUUAUAUGGGGGGAGGCUGCGAACCUAAGAUUCAUGCCUGAAUGCCUUUGCUAUAUUUACCAUCACAUGGCAUUUGAACUUUAUGGCAUGCUAGCUGGGAAUGUGAGUCCCAUGACUGGUGAGAACGUGAAGCCAGCCUAUGGAGGUGAAGAAGAGGCUUUCUUAAAGAAAGUUGUAACUCCUAUUUAUGAAGUCAUAGCAAAGGAAGCUGAAAGGAGCAAGAGAGGGAAAUCGAAGCAUUCCCAGUGGAGGAACUAUGAUGAUUUGAAUGAAUACUUUUGGUCUGUUGAUUGUUUUCGAUUGGGUUGGCCCAUGCGUGCUGAUGCUGAUUUCUUUUGUCUGCCUGUAGAACAUCUUCAUUAUGAUAAAAGUGGAGAUGGCAAACCCGCUAGCAGAGAUAGAUGGAUGGGGAAAGUUAAUUUUGUUGAGAUACGUACAUUUUUGCAUAUUUUUCGAAGCUUUGACAGAAUGUGGGGUUUCUUCAUUUUGUGCUUACAGGCUAUGAUUAUUGCCUCUUGGAAUGGUUCGGGACAACCAAGCUCUAUAUUUAGUGCUGAUGUUUUCAAGAAAAUACUGUCUGUCUUUAUCACUGCUGCAAUAUUGAAGCUUGGACAGGCUGUUCUUGAUGCAAUACUUAGCUGGAAAUCAAGGGAGAGCAUGUCAUUCCAUGUUAAACUAAGAUACAUUUUGAAGAUUGUGUCAGCUGCUGCAUGGGUUAUAGUUCUUCCAGUUACUUACGCUUAUACUUGGGAGAAUCCUCCUGGAUUUGCUCAAACCAUCAAAAGUUGGUUUGGAAAUAAUUCAAAAUCACCUUCCUUGUUUAUUUUGGCUGUUGUUAUCUACUUGUCACCAAAUAUGCUUGCUGCGAUCUUGUUUCUUUUUCCCUUCAUUCGUCGAUUCCUUGAGAGAUCAAAUUAUAGGAUUGUGAUGCUCAUGAUGUGGUGGUCACAGCCUCGUCUCUAUGUUGGGAGGGGAAUGCAUGAAAGCACGUUUUCUCUGUUCAAGUACACAAUGUUCUGGGUUCUUCUAAUAAUAACAAAGUUGGCAUUCAGUUACUAUAUAGAGAUAAAGCCUCUAGUGGGUCCAACGAAAGCUAUCAUGAACGUUCCCAUAAGAAAUUUUCAGUGGCACGAGUUUUUUCCCCGUGCAAAGAACAACAUUGGUGUUGUGAUUGCACUCUGGGCUCCAAUCAUUCUUGUCUAUUUUAUGGAUACUCAAAUUUGGUACGCCAUAUUCUCCACGUUAUUUGGAGGCAUCUAUGGUGCAUUCCGCCGUCUUGGAGAGAUUCGAACAUUAGGAAUGCUAAGAUCUCGGUUUCAAUCGUUGCCUGGUGCUUUUAACGCCUGCUUAAUUCCAGAAGAGAAGAGUGAACCAAAGAGGAAAGGGCUGAAGGCUACUUUUUCUCGCCGCUUUGCUGAGAUUGAGUCUAAUAAGAUGAAAGAAGCAGCAAGAUUUGCUCAGUUAUGGAACAAAAUAAUCAGUAGUUUUAGGGAGGAGGAUCUUAUAAGCAAUAAGGAAAUGGACCUGUUGCUUGUCCCAUAUUGCGCUGACCAAGAUUUGGAUCUCAUACAGUGGCCUCCAUUUUUACUUGCUAGCAAGAUCCCAAUAGCACUAGAUAUGGCUAAGGAUAGCAAUGGUAAAGACCGAGAGCUGAAAAAGAGGAUUGAAGCUGACAACUAUAUGUCCUGUGCUGUUCGUGAGUGCUAUGCUUCAUUUAAGAACAUUAUUAAACUCUUAGCUCGGGGGGACCGUGAGAAAGGGGUUAUAUACCAAAUAUUUGAUAAAGUUGACGAACAUAUUAGAGUCGGUGAUCUAAUAACUGAAUACAGGAUGAGUGCUCUUCCUGGCCUCUAUGAGCACUUUGUUAAGCUUAUCAAACUUUUGUUAGAGAAUAAGCAGGAGGACAAGGAUCAAGUUGUGAUUCUUUUCCAGGACAUGCUGGAGGUAGCAACAAAGGACAUAAUGAUGGAAGAUCAAGACUCCAGCUGGCUGGAUUCAACUCAUGGUGGAUCAGGGCAUGAGGGCAUGACCCCACUAGACCAUCACAUUCAAUUAUUUGCAUCAGAUGGAGCAAUCAAUUUUCCAAUUGAUGCAUCAGAAGCAUGGAAAGAGAAGAUCAAGCGGCUCUAUCUAUUACUUACUGUGAAGGAAUCUGCAAUGGAUGUUCCAUCCAACUUAGAAGCUAGAAGGCGCAUAUCAUUCUUCUCAAAUUCGUUGUUUAUGGACAUGCCUGCAGCACCUAAAGUUCGGAACAUGCUUUCAUUCUCUGUUUUAACUCCUUACUACACAGAAGAGGUACUUUUUUCCUCAUCUGAAUUGGAGGUGCCGAAUGAAGACGGGGUUUCUAUCCUCUUCUACUUGCAGAAAAUUUUUCCUGAUGAAUGGAAAAACUUUCUCGAGCGUGUGAAAUGCAGUGAAGAAGAACUUAGAGAAUCUGAAGAUUUAGAAGAAGAAUUGCGUCUUUGGGCAUCUUACAGGGGGCAAACAUUGACUAAAACUGUGAGAGGUAUGAUGUAUUGCCGCAAGGCUUUGGAGCUUCAGGCAUUUCUUGAUAUGGCUGAACAUGAAGAAUUAAUGGCUGGCUAUAAGUCCAUUGAAUUAAAUACUGAGGAACAACCUGAAGGGAAAAGACUAUGGACAUCAUGUCAAGCAGUAGCUGACAUGAAGUUCACAUAUGUGGUGUCAUGUCAGCAAUAUGGGAUUCAGAAGCGAUCUGGCGAUCCUCAUGCACAGGACAUUCUAAAGCUUAUGAACAAGUACCCAUCUCUCCGUGUAGCUUACAUUGAUGAAGUUGAAGAAGCUAACCAAGACAGAUCCAAAAGGGGUGCCAAUAAGAAACUCUACUAUUCUGCUCUAGUGAAAGCUGCCAUGCCAAAGUCCAUAAAUUCUUCAGAGCCAGUUCAAAAUUUAGAUCAGGUUAUUUAUCGAAUAAGACUUCCAGGACCCGCCAUCUUGGGUGAGGGGAAGCCUGAAAAUCAGAACCAUGCUAUCAUUUUCACGCGAGGAGAAGGCUUGCAAACAAUUGAUAUGAACCAGGAUAAUUACAUGGAAGAGGCCUUAAAAAUGAGGAAUUUGCUUCAAGAAUUUCUUAAAAAGCAUGAUGGUGUGAGGUUUCCUACAAUACUUGGUCUGAGGGAGCAUAUAUUUACUGGAAGUGUGUCUUCUCUUGCAUGGUUCAUGUCAAAUCAAGAGACGAGUUUUGUAACUAUUGGCCAGAGAUUAUUGGCCAACCCACUGAAGGUUCGAUUCCAUUAUGGUCAUCCGGAUGUGUUUGAUAGGCUGUUUCACCUGACAAGAGGAGGUGUCAGUAAAGCUUCUAAGAUUAUCAAUUUAAGUGAGGACAUAUUUGCAGGUUUUAAUUCUACACUUCGUGAGGGCAAUGUUACUCAUCACGAGUAUAUACAAGUUGGGAAAGGAAGGGAUGUGGGUCUGAACCAGAUUUCUCUGUUUGAGGCGAAAAUAGCUAAUGGAAAUGGAGAGCAGACAUUAAGUCGUGAUAUAUACAGGCUUGGGCACCGUUUUGACUUUUUCCGGAUGCUGUCAUGUUAUUUUACCACUGUUGGUUUCUACAUCAGUACACUGAUAACUGUGCUCACUGUAUACGUAUUUCUGUAUGGGCGCCUUUAUCUCGUCCUCAGUGGGCUUGAAGAAGGACUGAGCACUCAACCAGCAAUUCGUGACAACAAGCCUCUUCAGGUGGCUCUUGCUUCUCAAUCUUUUGUGCAGAUAGGAUAUUUGAUGGCCUUGCCUAUGUUGAUGGAAAUUGGUUUAGAAAGGGGUUUUCGAACUGCACUGAGUGAAUUCAUACUGAUGCAAUUACAAUUGGCACCUGUAUUUUUCACAUUUUCUCUUGGAACAAAGACCCACUACUACGGAAGGACGAUGCUUCAUGGAGGUGCAAAAUACAGGCCUACAGGCAGAGGGUUUGUGGUGUUCCAUGCCAAGUUUGCUGAGAACUACAGACUCUACUCCCGCAGUCAUUUCGUAAAGGGAAUUGAACUGAUGAUUUUGCUUAUUGUGUACCAAAUAUUUGGCAGUUCUUAUAGGAGUGCAGUAGCCUAUGUAUUGAUCACUGCAUCAAUGUGGUUCAUGGUUGGAACUUGGCUUUUUGCCCCCUUCCUCUUCAAUCCUUCUGGUUUUGAAUGGCAGAAGAUUGUUGAUGAUUGGACUGAUUGGAACAAGUGGAUAAAUAACCGAGGAGGUAUUGGUGUACCCUCUGAAAAAAGUUGGGAAUCAUGGUGGGAGGAAGAGCAAGAACAUCUUCGCUAUUCUGGAAAGCGUGGUAUCAUUGCUGAGAUACUGCUAUCUCUGCGGUUCUUUAUCUAUCAAUAUGGACUUGUUUAUCACCUAAACAUUACAAAGAACACCAAAAGUUUUCUGGUUUAUGGUGUGUCUUGGCUGGUUAUCUUUCUAAUAUUGUUUGUCAUGAAGACUGUCUCUGUUGGUCGGCGAAAAUUCAGUGCAAAUUUUCAACUCAUGUUUCGGCUAAUCAAGGGAUUAAUCUUCCUGACAUUUGUCUCAAUUCUUAUCACCCUGAUUGCGCUUCCCCACAUGACAAUGCGGGACAUCGUAGUGUGCAUUCUUGCCUUCAUGCCAACUGGUUGGGGUUUGCUUCUGGUUGCCCAAGCUUGCAAGCCUCUUGUUCACCGGGCUGGGUUUUGGGGAUCGGUUCAGACACUUGCUCGUGGCUAUGAAAUUGUGAUGGGUUGGCUUCUGUUCACCCCAGUUGCGUUUCUUGCCUGGUUUCCUUUUGUAUCAGAAUUCCAAACCCGAAUGCUUUUCAACCAAGCAUUCAGCAGAGGUCUACAAAUUUCUCGUAUUCUUGGCGGGCAUCGGAAGGAUCGUUCUUCUCGCAACAAAGAAUGAUCUUAGUGACAGCAAACAAUCUUGUUUAUCAGAUAGAUUUGUAGAAAAUCCUUCCCCAUUGGAAAUUACUGCUGUUGUAAUUAUAGAUGCAGGCAGUGCUCUUUUCUUUUGCUUUUUCUGUUUUUUUUUUUUUCUUUCCUUUUUUUUUUAUAUAAUUUGGAACUCAUCAGUGCCAGCCACGCUCGUAUCUGUUGCUGAAAAUGCAAUGUUGUAUAGAAUGGUAAGCUUUUUUGAAUGAUGAAAAUCCUUUUUGUCAAAAA